UUGGCCUUUGCAAAAUUUCAAAUGGAAAAUCCGUUACUGAAAAUACACCGCGUGGGUUAUUAAUAGAUUAAAUGUUCGUAAAAUGGCGUUUAAUGAUUCGUGAAAGGUCACGGAGAGUACCGAGGUUUAGAUUAUCCAAUACAAAAAGGAUAUACCAUCCCGUAUUUUAUCGGAUUUUACCGAAGAGCCGUUGUACUUUCCAAAAUCGUCAUAGGAGUUUCCACAGAUUAGUUUUAUGUCCUGAUAUGAAAUGUUUGUGUAUAUGCUGGAAAGGAUAUAGAAAAUUUGUUAGGGAUCUCCAGGAUUUUGUGCACUACGUAUUUAUAUUAGAUCGAAGGUCACGAGGUGAAAGUUAAAUUCUAAACUUUGGAUUGAUAGGAUAAAGAGUCAUAAAGAUUUGAAAUAAACCAUACUACCUCAAAAUGGCGACGUCCACUACGGAACAAGAUGAGAAAUAUGACGUGUUUCUCGUGCAUAGCAGCGAAGACAAUGGGACUGCAGAUACCAUUAAUACUGCUCUUAAUGAAAUGGGUUUAAAGACUUUUGCCCAUUACAAAGAAGGGGUCGAAUUUCCAGCAGGGCGUCCUGUUUUUGACAAUAUUCUACAUGCCGUAAAACAGUCGAAAAUAGUUCUGGUUUUAUUGACACAAAAUGCCAUUAAAUCACAAUGGGUCACAUUUGAAAUCUUGAUGGGGCUUGAGAAAUCGCAUCGUGAAGAUGAAAUGUGCGUUCGUCUAGUUUUCGAAGGAAUUUCAGAAAAAGAACGCGAAGAAUUCAAGAAGGGGUCGUUGGAUGCGAUACCGGAUGUUGUGUUGGAUUUUAAUAAAGAAUCAUGGAAACAAACUUUAGUAGAUAAAAUCAAUGAGCGUGUGAAAAUGCAGGAAUUGUUGCCGGCAGGGAAUGUUGCACAUGGUCUUGUGUUUAACUAUUUUAUUGGUUACUUGACUCAUGUACUUCCGGUAAUGGCAGAUGCAAUUGAAAAAUACAAAAUAAAACACAUUCAACAAGGGAAAUUCUCACAAAAGUUUUUCCUCUUUUUACCUGAAUCUUGUGAAAUUAAGCCAUUAGAGGGUCGAUAUGGGGAGUUUACCAUAGAAAAGAUGGGGACACCGUUAGAGGUUAUCAAAACCCAUGGCGACAAACAACGCAAAUAUUACCCUCUUGUAUACAGAAUAUUAAAGGACGGUUCCGAUGAGUCAUUCUACUUCACAGGGGAUAUACCAUUCAUAGUGGCUACAAUGUCAAAGAUGAACAACAUGGGUUUUGUUGAAAUUGAUCUGAACUCACAAAUGGUUCGCUUUAAGAUGACGUUGAUGGAACUUGUCCAGCACAGGGAAAACUUGGAAUGCAAAGAUACUGCCAAAUUUAUUUCUUAUAAAGACGUGGAUGAAUCACUAGCAGAUAUGAUAUGGAAAAAUAUAAUGGAAGAAUUAACCACGAAAGUGCCUAAAGGAGAAACAGCAGAAAGCAAAACCGUUACGAGAAAGAAAGCCGAAUAUAAGGCGGGAGAAAAUGAAAUUACAGCAACAAUUACUCAUAUGGGUGAAGGAAAAGAUCGCGCGACAGCUGAAGAAAUAGUAACAUUUCUAGGUGAUGAAGAGAGGAACGUCAAAUUCCACAACGGGGAAGGCAAAAUGAACUUUGAAGUGCUUGCAAACGCUCGUUGGAAUAUUUUUGUGUUAUCGGAAGAUGCUUUGGAAGACGAUACCAUGGUAGCGCAGUAUUUAGCAGCGCUUGAAUAUUCCAUUUGUGAUAACGAAGUACAGGUUAUUCCAGUACUGGCUAGCGGCACAGAUAUUAAAAAGAUACCGGACCUUAUGAAAUGGACAACACUUUUGAAGGAAGACGAACCAGAAUACUUGAAUAAAUUGUGGAAAUUCAUGAACGAGAAAAGGACUAUGAUGGAGUUAAUACCAUCAGGAAAAAUAUAUGAGGGAUUAGCGUAUGCUUAUCUCAUAAACUAUUUGCCAUAUAACCUGACACGUAAGACACCAGAGGGCAGAGAUUUUACACAACGCUUCAUUGAUGCAAAGGAAAAAUAUAAGAUAAAAGAGCCUUGUGUAAACAAGGUUUAUGUUAUCGUUCCAAAGUCUUGUUCCUUUCCUGACGCAGGAAGUUCCAUAAAAAAUGAGGAACAUAUUGGUCCUUUGGAACCCAUUGUUGAUGGUUUCAGACAAUAUUGUUUACAAUUGUAUAGACUGACCAUGUCAAAUGGAGAAAAAGUGUGUUAUGCCAGGGAGUAUGCCACACCUGCCAUUGCUCUUCACGAUAUGGCUCAGAAGCCAUUUGCUGGUGUGAGUAAAGAAGCAAUGAAUGAACAAGCCAAGAAGUUUGCAGAAUUUUCAGAAGAAAUUAUGAAGAACAAGAUAUUUAAUGAUAAGAUAGGAGAUGUGCGGGACAAAUGUGAAAUGGUUUAUUUCGAUGAUGAAUCAACCGGAAUGGACGGUGUAAUAGAUGUCCUUGAAGAAAGAUUAAAGAAAUGUUUGGACACUGGUAGCUAUGUCUGAAAACAUAAUGCUAGUGAAUUUUAAGUAGAGUAUUAAUAUAAAUAAUAAUUUUGAGAUGUGUUUUAAAGGAACAAGAGUUAUUUCGGUGGAUGUAUUUGAUAUGAUAUACAUGUGUAUUGUGUUUAUCCACGAAACUAAUACUGGUACUAAAGAGGGGCUUAUUUUCUAUAACUUAAAACAUUAGAAUGAAAUACGUGUAAAUUAUGAUAGAAAAAUGUAUGUUUUGAUGCUAUGUCCGGAAAGAGAAAUGACUGUUUGAACUAUAAUUAUAGAGGGAACAGUGGAUCAAGCUUUUUUUUAUUUUUAUGUACACGCGAUGAAAGUAUUGUGUUGUGAAAUUGUGUAGUUGUUUUAUGAAAUAUAAAAAUGUGUACUAACAUUUCACUUACUUUGUUUAGAUAAACGAUAUACAUUCCUACGAACAUGUUUGUUUAAAAGUUGUUCUUAGUUUAAAAAUUGAUUUGUUUAGAUCAUUUUGCUAAAUGUUGUAAACAAACUUGCAAUAAUGUCCAACUGAAUGAGACCAAUGCAUCAUCAACUGUUCUCGGAGGUCACUGGUAUAUUAAGAUGUCAAAAGCAAAUAAUGAAUUAAAUUAUACUCGUCUAGGCAGCAAAUGCGUCAUGGAUAUUGAGAUUCCUAAGAAAUAUUGCCCCAAUGUCAAGCUAGAAUAUCCCGUAUGUUGCGUACUAAAACCAAAACUGUAGGUCAAAUCUCAACAUGUCCUUUGAGAUGGAAAGUAACAAAGUAGACAUUAGUGAAAUCGUGCUUGUCCGGGUUGUAAGUUGUCCACAGAUUUGUGGAUUCAUGAAACAUUUGAGACAAAUGUUUAUCUCGAUGUGGUUCGAUGACACACUUAAGAAUCAGAAUCAAGGUCAAGGUCGAAGUUUGGGAUCAAAGGUUAAAAACGAGUAGAAUUCUGAUUGUCCUUACACGUCAUAAAUUGUUAUCAGAUUCUCAAUUAACAUGGUACAUUUGUCGAGCACAAGGAGACCGUGUGUGUCGAACAAAAACCAAAAUCGAAAGUCAAAGUUCAAGGUCAUAUUUAGGGAAUCAUUAGUAAUGGUUGUCCGAUUGGUAACUGUGUCAUGGAUUGAUGAAUUCGCAAAAUAAUAUGAAGUAGGUGAAUCUUUAUGAAACGAUAUGCACAAUAAAUAUGAACUAGCUCGAAGGUAAAGGUCAUACUUCAGGGUUAAAGAGGAAUUGGUUUGUCUGGGCUUUAGUUUGCAAUUGAUUUUUGGAUUCUCAACAACAACAAAAAAAACAACAACAUCAAAAA